CCUUCCCUCCUGCAGGCAUGAACCUGGCCCACACCACUGUGCUCCUGUGGACGUGGGGGAGUCUCCAGGCCUUUGAAAUUGUGGAGAAGGAGAACAUUUUUCAGAGGACCUCUUGCCCGGCUUUCCUGAUGUUUGACAAUGCAGCCUACCUGGCCGACAUGAGCUUCGAGCUUCCCUGCCACUGCAAGCCAGAGGAGGUGUCUGCUGUCGUCUGGUACUACCAAAAGCACCUAGGUAGCGGCCACACCAAAGUGCUGACAGACUUCGAUGGGCGGGUGCUGACAGAGGAAGCCCAGGUGCGUGUGGGCAGUGACAUGCUGGUCCGCUUCAGCAUCCGCAUGUUCAGCCUGUUGGUUUUCCGGGCCCAGCCUGAGGACUCUGGCUUGUAUUUCUGUGGCACCCGCAAGGGGGACUACUUUUACGCUUACGAUGUGGACAUCCAGAGCAGUGAGGGAAUGGUGGCCACUUUCAAGGACCAGGGCCAGGAGCCCUUUGAAGACGAGUACCAUGGGAGCCUCCAUGUCUUCACCACCUUCUGGGAGUGGACCCCCUGUGACCGGUGCGGGGUGCGCGGGGAGCAGUGGCGCCUUGGCCUCUGCUACCUGCAGAGCCCAGACCUCUCCCCACGCUACCGCAAGACACUGCCUGACGUGGUGUCCUGUGGUUCGCGGGCUGUGCCAAGUAAGCUUCAGGCCAAGGCCAGGCACCACACACCUGAGCUGCUGGUUCGGAGCUGUAUGGUGCCCUGCGAGAAGAACAAGGUGGUCCGGGAGGGCAUAAUGGCCAUCUUCAACUAUGUGUCCAAAGUGGGCAGCCGGCCCUGGGUGCCCAAGGUGCCCAUUCAGUUCCACCAGCAGAGGCUGGGCCACGGACUCAUCAUCUCCUGUCCUGGGGCCCGGCCAGAGCAUGCUGUGGCCUGGGACAAGGACCACCAGUUCCUCUACCGCACACAGUACCUGAAGGGCGUCAACAGGUCCAUGAGGGUGUUCAUUGACCAUGGCAACCAUCUCCACAUCCGCUUUACCCAGCUGAGUGACCGGGGCAUCUACUAUUGCUGGCGGCAGGGGACGCGGGUCGCUGGGUUUCGACUGGGCGUGACAUCUCGAGGCCGCUACCGGGUCUCCUUCUCGGACCCUGAAACUCGCUCCGCCAUGGAACUCACACUGAUAGGCUACCUGCUCAUCACGGCAGUCUUUGUCACUGUUCACCUCUGUCGUUGCUGCUGUUACUUAUUUCGCUGUUGUCCCAAUUUCUCCCCUUAGGCUCUGUCUUCCCCAGCUCUGAAGACCAGUUGUGCUUAAAUGUGUUCGUUAAAUGAUACCAGAUGCCUCUGAGUGGGCAUCCUGGGCUGGGACGUGUGGCAAGGGGGUGUGGACAGAUCUGUUAGUUACAGCCUGCUGCCUAUUUUCACGGGCACGUCUAGAACCUGCUCUGGGAAGAGGGGAAGCCUGAGGCAGGUGGGAGAUGGCAGACUGAGGCCAGGAUGGAAGUAGCCGGGGUACAUGUGUCUUCUGACUUCAUGCUCAGAGAAGGAUGAAGGGGCCUAUUCACUGUUGAAGUGUUUGAGGUGCUUUAUUGUCUUGCCUUCAAGGAUUGCCAAGUGGGUGCUGAUUGAAUUGGGGGUAGCAGGGAGAGAAAAGAAGAAGAACAGGGGGGCCUAGUACCUGUCCUCUUUGCCUUCCUCCCGAGCCUCGCCCUGGGCCUGGCCGGUAGCAAUGGUGGGUUUGGCAAUAAAGGUAACAACUAGAAGAGAAGAAAUGGGUGAGGAAGGUGGAGGUCAAAUUCUGGGCUUUCCUGAGACACUGCACCCAGG